UAUGCGAAGCGGAUGUUUCUUGUGUGAGCAGCAGCAGACACACCGCCGUGCGUCUUUGCGCUCAGAGAUCAUCCACUCCUGAGCCACUCACCGCGUCUUUCUCUCAUUUUUCUCCCCACAGCAGCCUCACCUGCGAAGCCACAGCGGACAGCGGAGCUCCUCAGCGGACACUUUGCUGACUAACAGACGCACACCACAGUGUACUUUUACCAUGGAGGAGAACCAGGCAGAGUAACUUACGGCAGCCUACAGUUCCCACAAUCGGACUGUCAGAGAGAGGAGCGAGCUUCACAAUGACCCGUUAAAUUCCUGCCGUCGAUGUUUUCUUUGGAGAGUGGAUUGACCAUCUCCUAACAGCAGAGCAGAAAGGCCUUUAUCCGGUAAUUUCAGUCUUCAGAUGGACCGAGUGCCCUCGGCACUGGCCGCUAAGAUGCGCUGGAUCACGCUGAUGCUUGCCGGCUUGACUUUCUGGGGCAAAGUGACUAUUUGUAACUGUUUCGACUACGAGGAGCCAGACUAUGAUUAUUAUGAAGAGGAGAGAGCGGAGACCAUUGACUAUAAAGACCCGUGCAAAGCUGCUGCAUUCUGGGGCGACAUCGCUUUAGACGAAGAGGACCUGCGCAUGUUCCAGAUCGACAGGACGAUAGACCUCACACAGCACACACACAUGCACACACACUCCCGGCAGGGCCACACGUCUGGUGGCCUGGAGGAACAUGACAUUUCUAAAAAGAGAGGAUCUUUAUAUCUACUGCUGGAGAGAAUACGCAGGUUUGGCUUCGACUACCUCCCAAAGAACUCCAGCAAAGGAGCUGCCAAUCCUAGAAGCCAAACUGGGAAAGGUGGAAAGACUGGUAACGUCAUGAAGAGCCGUAUCCCUCGAGCGGCCACGUCCCGAGCUGAGAGGAUAUGGCCUGGCGGAGUCAUUCCCUACGUCAUAGGAGGGAACUUCACUGGUAGUCAGCGGGCCAUGUUUAAGCAGGCCAUGCGUCACUGGGAAAAACAGACGUGCGUAACUUUCAUUGAGAAGACAGACGAGGAAAGCUACAUUGUGUUCACCUACAGACCCUGCGGGUGUUGUUCCUAUGUGGGUCGUCGUGGCAACGGGCCUCAGGCUAUCUCCAUAGGGAAGAACUGUGACAAGUUUGGCAUCGUGGUGCAUGAACUAGGCCAUGUCAUCGGCUUCUGGCACGAGCACACGCGGCCUGAUCGUGACGAUCACGUGACCAUCAUCCGUGAUAACAUCCAACCAGGCCAGGAGUAUAACUUCCUCAAGAUGGAGCCAGGGGAGGUGAACUCUCUCGGGGAGCCAUAUGAUUUUGAUAGCAUCAUGCACUACGCCAGGAACACCUUCUCACGGGGGAUGUUCCUCGACACCAUCCUUCCAUCCAGAGAUGAAAACGGGGUCCGGCCUGCUAUUGGCCAGCGCACCAGGCUCAGUAAAGGAGACAUUGCACAGGCAAGAAAGCUGUAUAGAUGUCCAGCAUGCGGAGAGACGCUCCAAGAUUCAACAGGCAACUUCUCGUCUCCUGGUUACCCCAAUGGAUACCCCUCGUACACACACUGUGUCUGGAGAAUAUCUGUUACACCUGGAGAAAAGAUUGUUCUUAACUUUACCACCAUGGAUCUGUAUAAAAGCAGUCUAUGCUGGUACGACUACAUCGAGGUUCGGGAUGGAUACUGGAGGAAAGCUCCGUUGCUCGGCAGGUUUUGUGGGGAUAAAGUUCCCGACGUGUUGAUCUCCACUGACAGCAGGAUGUGGAUUGAGUUCCGCAGCAGCAGCAACUGGGUGGGAAAAGGCUUUGCUGCCAUUUAUGAAGCGAUCUGUGGAGGAGAAAUCACCAAAGACUCGGGACAGAUUCAGUCUCCCAACUAUCCUGAUGACUACAGACCAUCCAAAGAGUGUGUGUGGAGGAUCACUGUGUCUGAGGGAUACAACGUCGGGCUCAGCUUCCAGGCCUUUGAGAUUGAGAGGCACGACAGCUGUGCUUACGACUACCUGGAGGUCCGAGACGGCCCUCUGGAGACAAGCCCUCUGAUUGGUCGAUUCUGCGGCUACGACAAACCUGAGGAUGUGCGCUCCACUUCACACACGCUGUGGAUGAAGUUUGUCUCAGACGGGACGGUAAACAAGGCCGGCUUUGCUGCAAACUUUUUCAAAGAGGAGGAUGAGUGUGCCAAGCCAGACAAUGGUGGAUGUGAACAGAGGUGUGUAAACACUCUCGGCAGCUUCAAGUGUGCCUGUGACCCAGGCUACGAACUGGCUCCCGACAAGAAGAGCUGUGAAGCGGCAUGCGGCGGUCUCCUCUCGAAGUUGAACGGGACCAUCAGCACUCCUGGUUGGCCUAAAGAGUAUCCACCCAACAAGAACUGUGUGUGGCAGGUGGUCGCUCCCACUCAGUACCGCAUCUCCAUGCAGUUUGAGGCCUUCGAGCUGGAGGGGAAUGAGGUGUGUAAAUACGACUAUGUCGAGGUACGCAGUGGCCUUUCCUCCGACUCUAAGCUGCAUGGUAAAUACUGCGGCACUGAGGUCCCCGAGGUCAUCACCUCUCAGUAUAAUAACAUGAGGAUUGAGUUCAAGUCUGACAACACCGUCUCCAAGAAAGGCUUCAAGGCUCACUUCUUCUCAGACAGCCUGGCUCUGUGUCGUAUGAUUGUGUUUGAGUCAUGCCAGGACAUAAAACGCGACCGCCCCCCCUCCCGUGGCCACAUCAACAACAAGCUGGCGACCUCAUCAAAGGUCAGAGACAAAGAUGAGUGCAGCAAGGACAACGGCGGCUGCCAGCACGAGUGCAUCAACACAGUGGGCUCGUACGUUUGUCAGUGUCGCCAUGGCUUUGUACUGCAUGAGAACAAACAUGACUGUAAGGAAGCUGAGUGUGAGCAUAAGAUCCACAGCCCCAGUGGGACCCUGAGCAGCCCUAACUGGCCAGACAAGUAUCCGAGCCGUAAGGAGUGCACCUGGGACAUCACAGCCACGCCGGGGCACCGAGUCAAGAUAGCCUUUAAUGAGUUUGAGAUCGAGCAGCAUCAGGAAUGUGCAUACGACCAUCUGGAGGCCUUUGACGGGGACAGCGACACGGCAGCCAUCUUGGGUCGAUUGUGCGGCAGUAAGAUCCCAGAGCAGCUUGUCUCCACUGGCAACAAGAUGUACCUCCGCUUCAUUUCUGACGCCUCAGUACAGAGAAAAGGCUUUCAGGCUACACACUCCACAGAGUGUGGAGGUCGUCUAAAAGCAGAAGCUCGUCAGAAGAACCUCUACUCUCACUCCCAGUUUGGAGACAAUAAUUACCCGGGUCACACCGACUGCGAGUGGCUGCUGACGGCUGAACAGGGCUACGGCAUCGAGCUGAGCUUCAUUACUUUUGAGGUAGAGGAGGAAGCUGACUGUGGUUAUGACUACAUCGAGCUGUACAACGGGUACGACGCCAACUCACAUCGACUCGGCCGCUUCUGUGGUUCAGGGCCACGGGAAGGCAUCUACUCUCACGGAGGCGCUAUGCUGAUCCGUUUCCAUAGCGACGACACAAUCAGCAAGAAGGGCUUCCACAUCCGCUACACGAGCACCAAGUUUCAGGAGAGCCUUCACACCAGGAAAUGACCUCACACGCAGCCCGUGACCUCUGACCUCUGUGCAGCCCCCCCACCACUGUCACCCUGACCUUCACCAUGGCCACGAGAAAAGUACAGCCUGUCCCCUCUUCUCGGACCCGACAGACAGAUGUGGACGUUCGCCAGCCGCGGGAGGAAGACGACACUUUACGUGAACAUUAGUCUCCCUCCGAGGCUCCACAAAGGUCACCGCAGCUCUGAGACAAGACAGGAAAAACACUGAGAUAUCUACAUGAUGUGGGGAAACGUGCCGACGACUGAGCGAGCUCUUCAUUACUGCACAUCCAGCUACCCUCAGUGUGGAUCAUAAACACACCAUAUACAGAAAUAUAAACUAUGGAUGCUUGAGGAACUGAGGAGCUUCUACCUAAAAGAAAAAUGCAUCCAACACGGGAGUUUGGGUCUUUUCUGACUCCCUUAACUGUGCGAAUUACUGUGAUCAGACGUGCUCACACCCACAGAAACUGAGAGGAAACUCGGAGACAUUUUUAUUGCCUUUGAAGCCUGGGAACUGCAACCCAGCUCAGAAUGGCUGCAGAUGAUUUUAUUUCAUGUCUUAUUGUAAAACUCAUUGUGUUUACUGUAUGUGUGUCUGUGUGUACAGAGAAAAAAAAGAACAAACAAAAGGCUGAAGUCCGACAUUUGCCCUUUUUGCUUCAAUCGUAUGCAGACAACCAUCGUGGAAUGAGGGGUAAAAAAUGGAGAUUUUCCAAAUGAUUUGUGAUGUUAAUGUUAAGCCUUGCAUUAUGUUGUGUGUGUGUCCAUGCUGUUUUUGAGUUUGCACCGUCCUGUAACAAACUUUCACGGACGUUUCCAGUUCCCACCUCAGCCCCGUCCCUCAGAAAAAAGUGGAUAUUGGAAGGGAAUAUUUUCACAGCUGUCUCUCGGAGUGACACAAUUCUGAUUGAAGGAGAGAUUCCCAUGGUGCUAACACAUAAAAAAACUACACUGAAUGACAGACGACUGCAGUUGGAAGUAAAGGUUUUCAAUAGGAGACACAGUCAGCGUGCAAACAGCGCGUUGCAUCAACAGCACUAGUCCUGUGGAACUACAAUAUUGCCUUAGAACCAAAAUGUAUGCUAUCGAUGCUCUUGUGUCAGCAGUGUUUUCAAGGUUUUUCGGCAGCGUAUUUCAUCUGUUUGGAGAUCAUGAAUGGUUUGUUGUUAAAAAAACAUGGGAAAUGUAGUCUGUGUGUGAGAUAGAGUGUCAAUGGUGCAUGUGUGUUUGGGUGUCAUUUUUGUAGCUGCUCUCAGAGAUACAUAAACACACGCUUACACAUCCACAAACACACAAAACUCAAUUGUGUGCAUUUUCCCAAACAUAUCUGAACACACACUUCCUCUUCUGUAUAUUUGGGGUGUGGAGUUUAAGGAGAUAUGCAGUUUGUUGUGUUAAAUGCAAAUGUGUAAGUGUGUGUUAUAGGAGAUUAUAGAGAAAUAAUGUGUGUGUAUGUCUGUAAACUGUUUAUUUUUAAGUUGAAUCAUUCAUUGCUGUACGUGCCAAGCUCCAGGUGACCCUGAUCCGCUGUAGUUUUUGUUUUAUCACUACACCUCUUGUGUCUGUAGUUCAGAGACACUGACAUGACGUCCUCUGCAUCAGUCAUUAAAAUACACACAGGUAAAAACUACAUGCAUCUGUGUGUGUGAUGGAUUAUUGCUGUGUUUUGUGAGAUAAUUUAUGGUUAGACAAGACGAGUGCCAAUUAUUGAUCCAUAAAUCAAAUCCUAAUAUUCUCCCUUUGACAUGAUAAUUAUAUUAUAAAGCACAUGGUGUUUAAUGGCUUAGAUUUGGUCAAUUGUAUUGUAUUACUCUGUUUCCAGCCAUAGUCCCUGGCAAAGGUGCAGUAAAAGAAGCCACCCCCAAAAAUCCUGAAGCCCAUUUGAGUGUUUUUGUUAGACUAACUUUGCUUCUGUCUACAGUUGUUUCUAUCACUUUUAAACUCACUUAUUCUGC